AGGGCGCGCUGCGGCCGUUCCUCCUCCUCUUCCUCCUCCCUUCUCCUGGGGCUCCCCGUCUCCGCUCGCCUCGUACCGUCUGUGCCGCCGGCCGGGACGCCCGCCAAACUCCUUUCGCCAUGGAGGAUUAUCACAAGCCCGACCAGCAGAAACUGCAGGCGCUGAAGGACGUCGCCAACCGGCUGCGCAUCCACUCCAUCCAAGCCACCACCGCCGCCGGCUCCGGCCACCCCACAUCAUGCUGCAGCGCGGCAGAGAUCAUGGCGGUACUCUUCUUCCACACCAUGAAGUACAAACCCCAGGACCCCCGGGAUGCCAGCAACGACCGCUUCGUGCUCUCCAAGGGGCACGCGGCUCCCAUCCUCUAUGCAGUGUGGGCUGAGGCCGGCUUUCUGCCAGAGGCCGAGCUGUUGAACCUGAGGAAGAUCAGCUCCAUCCUGGACGGCCACCCCGUGCCUAAACAAGCCUUUACAGACGUGGCCACCGGCUCCCUGGGCCAAGGGCUUGGGGCGGCCUGUGGGAUGGCCUACACCGGCAAAUUCUUCGACAAAGCCAGUUACCGCGUCUAUUGCCUGCUGGGCGAUGGGGAGCUAUCCGAGGGCUCCGUGUGGGAGGCCAUGGCCUUCGCCGGAUUCUACAAGUUGGACAACCUGGUCGCCAUCCUUGACAUUAACCGUCUGGGCCAGAGCGACCCUGCCCCUCUGCAGCACCAGGUGGAUGUGUACCAGAAGCGAUGUGAAUCCUUCGGGUGGAACGCGAUCGUUGUGGACGGACACAGCGUGGAAGAGCUCUGCAAGGCCUUUGACCAGGGCAAGAACAAGCCCCUGGCUGUCAUCGCCAAGACGUACAAGGGCAGAGGGAUCUCAGGUGUGGAAGAUAAGGAUUCAUGGCACGGGAAGCCUCUUCCCAAAAACAUGGCGGAACAGGCCAUUGAGGAAAUACAAAGCCAAAUCCAGAGCAAGAAGAAGAUUCUCGCCACCCUCCCCAAAGAGGAUGCCCCCGCCGUUAACAUCACAGACAUCCGGAUGCCGUCUCCCCCAAAUUACAAAAUUGGAGACAAGCUGGCCACCCGCAAAGCCUACGGCAUGGCGCUGGCCAAACUGGGGCAAGCCAGCGAUCGCGUCAUCGCCCUGGACGGGGACACCAAGAACUCCACCUUCUCAGAACUCUUUAAGAAGGAGCAUCCCAAUCGCUUCAUCGAGUGUUACAUCGCCGAACAGAACAUGGUGAGCAUCGCCGUGGGCUGUGCCACGCGGGACAGGACCGUGCCUUUCUGCAGUACCUUUGCCGCCUUCUUCACCAGGGCCUUCGACCAGAUCCGCAUGGCCGCCAUUUCUGAGAGCAACAUCAACCUGUGUGGCUCCCACUGCGGCGUGUCCAUCGGGGAAGAUGGUCCUUCCCAGAUGGCCCUUGAAGACCUUGCCAUGUUCCGGAGCAUUCCCAAUGGGACGGUCUUUUACCCAAGUGAUGCUGUGUCUACUGAGAAAGCUGUAGAGUUAGCGGCCAACACAAAGGGCAUCUGCUUCAUAAGGACAAGCCGCCCAGAGAACGCCAUCAUCUACAACAACAAUGAAAACUUCCAGAUUGGCCAGGCUAAGGUGGUCCUCAAGAGCAAGGACGAUCAAAUCACUGUGAUCGGUGCUGGGGUGACCCUCCAUGAAGCCCUGGCAGCUGCAGAGCAACUGAAGAAAGAAAAGAUCAACAUCCGGGUGCUUGAUCCCUUUACAAUUAAGCCCCUGGACAAGAAGCUCAUCCUUGAAAGUGCCGGUGCGACCCACGGCCGCAUCCUGACUGUGGAGGAUCAUUACUAUGAAGGUGGCAUAGGAGAGGCUGUGGCUUCUGCCAUCGUGGGCGAAUCUGGCGUGACCCUUACUCGCUUGGCGGUGGCCAGCGUCCCAAGGAGCGGGAAGCCCGCGGAGCUGCUGAAGAUGUUCGGCAUUGACAAGGACGCCAUCGUGCAGGCCGUCAAGACGGCCGUGUCCCAGGGCUAAAAUGUCUGCUGGGGAUUCCGGGCCAAACAAGGGGCAGGGCAGAGAGAGGGAGAGAAACAUUCCUGUAACUUUAACCACAUUGAUUAACUUUUGCUUAUCUCGGAUCCAAUGAAAAUAAUAAAAGUGUUUUGAGAAAAUGUUA